CCUCUUCCACAGUGGGAGCGGCGCGGUUCUCCUACUCCAUUUUUGUGAGACGGGUGGAGGAGCGCACUCUCGGCGGGGAUACUGUCAGUCCACGCAGCGGAUACUUCACACCGAGCAACAAAGACUUCGAGAACGAUUACUGCGACCCAUUUUCGUUAGAGAAGAGUCUGUAAAGUGUUCUCAGUUAUUUGACAUGGUAGAUUAUCACGCCGCUAAUAAUCAAUCACUUUAUUCGACGGGCGGACAACAAAGCUACAUGGAACAGGAGAACGACUGGGACCGGGACCUGCUGCUGGACCCGGCCUGGGAGAAACAGCAACGGAAGACUUUCACAGCCUGGUGCAAUUCUCACCUGCGGAAGGCGGGAACGCAAAUCGAAAACAUCGAAGAGGAUUUCAGAGAUGGACUCAAACUAAUGCUUCUUCUAGAGGUCAUCUCAGGGGAGAGAUUACCAAAACCUGAAAGAGGAAAGAUGAGAGUGCACAAGAUCAACAAUGUCAACAAAGCGCUGGACUUCAUCGCCAGCAAAGGAGUCAAACUGGUGUCCAUUGGUGCAGAAGAAAUUGUAGAUGGAAACGCCAAGAUGACUCUUGGAAUGAUCUGGACCAUCAUUCUCCGCUUCGCCAUCCAGGACAUCUCGGUGGAAGAAACCUCCGCUAAAGAAGGACUGUUGCUCUGGUGUCAGAGAAAGACGGCUCCUUACAAGAACGUCAAUGUCCAGAACUUCCAUAUCAGCUGGAAGGAUGGUCUCGCCUUCAAUGCUCUGAUCCAUAGACACAGGCCGGAGCUCAUUGAUUAUGAUAAACUGAGAAAGGAUGAUCCAGUGACCAAUCUGAACAAUGCUUUCGAAGUGGCGGAGCGAUACCUUGAUAUCCCCAAAAUGUUGGAUGCAGAGGACAUUGUGAACACUGCACGUCCAGAUGAGAAAGCCAUAAUGACUUAUGUGUCCAGUUUCUACCAUGCAUUUUCUGGAGCCCAGAAGGCUGAGACAGCAGCCAAUCGUAUCUGCAAGGUGUUGGCGGUCAAUCAGGAGAAUGAGCACCUGAUGGAGGACUAUGAGAAGCUGGCCAGCGAUUUGUUGGAGUGGAUACGUAGGACAAUCCCAUGGUUGGAAAAUCGUGCUCCAGAGAAGACCAUGACAGAAAUGCAGCAGAAAUUGGAAGAUUUCCGUGAUUACCGUCGUGUUCACAAACCACCCAAAGUUCAGGAGAAGUGUCAGCUAGAGAUCAACUUCAACACAUUGCAGACCAAACUCCGCUUGAGCAAUCGACCUGCCUUUAUGCCAUCUGAGGGACGCAUGGUGUCGGACAUUAAUGGGGCAUGGCAUAAAUUGGAGGGGGCAGAGAAAGGCUACGAAGAGUGGCUACUGAAUGAGAUCCGCCGAUUGGAGAGGCUUGACCAUCUUGCAGAAAAGUUCAGACAGAAAGCAGCCAUCCAUGAGAGCUGGACAGAUGGUAAGGAGGCCAUGCUAAAACAGAAGGAUUAUGAGACUGCAACACUGUCCGAGAUUAAAGCCCUCCUGAAGAAGCACGAGGCGUUCGAGAGUGACCUUGCUGCCCACCAGGACAGAGUGGAGCAGAUUGCCGCAAUUGCGCAGGAGCUCAAUGAGCUGGACUACUACGACUCCCAGAGUGUUAAUGCUCGCUGUCAGAAGAUCUGUGAGCAGUGGGAUGCUCUGGGAUCCCUAACACAGAGUCGUAGAGAGUCUCUUGAGAGGACAGAGAAACAGCUGGAGUCCAUUGAUGAGCUUUACCUGGAGUACGCCAAGAGAGCGGCACCAUUCAACAACUGGAUGGAGGGGGCAAUGGAGGACCUUCAAGAUAUGUUCAUUGUGCACAACAUAGAGGAGAUCCAGGGACUGAUUACAGCUCAUGAGCAGUUUAAGUCCACUCUUCCAGAGGCGAAUAAAGAGCGGGAAGCAAUUCAGGCCAUCCAGGCUGAAGUUCAGAAAAUCGCUCAGUACAAUGGCAUCAAACUGGCUGGAAACAAUCCUUACACCACGAUCACCCCUCAGAGCAUUGACAGCAAGUGGGACAAGGUGCAGAAACUGGUUCCUCAACGUGAUCAGGCUCUGCAGGAAGAACUCGCACGGCAGCAGUCCAAUGACCAUCUCAGACGCCAGUUUGCAAACCAGGCCAACAUGAUUGGACCAUGGAUACAAAACAAGAUGGAGGAGAUUGGCAGGAUAUCAAUCGAGAUGAACGGAACGCUUGAAGAUCAGCUAACUCACCUACGUCAGUAUGAGCAAAGCAUCAUCGAAUACAAACCCAAUAUCGACCAACUGGAGGGAGACCAUCAGCUCAUUCAGGAAGCACUUAUAUUUGACAACAAAUACACUGCUUACACUAUGGAGCACCUGCGUGUUGGCUGGGAGCAACUCCUCACUACAAUUGCUCGCACCAUUAAUGAGAUCGAGAACCAGAUUCUGACUAGAGAUGCUAAAGGCAUCAGCCAGGAGCAGCUUCACGAGUACCGCGCGUCCUUUAAUCACUUCGACAAGAAGCGUACAGGAAUAAUGGACAGCGACGAUUUCCGUGCACUGCUCAUUGCCACUGGGAACAGCCUGGGUGAUGCUGAAUUUUCUCGUAUUAUGGGCAUUGUUGACCCUAACAACAGUGGAGCAGUGACCUUCCAGGCCUUUAUCGACUUCAUGUCGAGAGAAACGACCGACACCGACACUGCAGACCAGGUCAUCGCCUCAUUUAAGAUCCUAGCCGGAGACAAGAACUACAUCACAGCAGCGGAGUUGAGGCGUGAGCUUCCUCCUGACCAGGCAGAGUACUGCAUUGCCCGAAUGGCACCAUACACAGGCCCUGACGCAGUUCCGGGUGCGCUUGACUACAUGUCCUUCUCCACCGCCUUGUAUGGGGAGAGCGACCUCUAAGGGCCACCUCCAGAACUCCGGAGCAGCUCUCUCUCCUACAUCAGUCCUGAUCUCCUCACAGACUAGAUAGAUGAGAGCGCUGGACGAAGCCACAUCUGUCUUUCUCUCACCCAUCCAGUCCUUAAAGAGAUCAGUGCUCCUGAGGAAGAUAUUUAAGAGUGUCGGAAAUGGGACUUAAUAGCACACCUGAGGGGGAGGGGGCAAUGACGUUUGAGGGAAGGGGGUUGUUAUGGCAUUGUGGGAGGAGCAAAUAACUGUUGUUGAAGCUUGCCACACUUUGAGGGAUAACCUUUUGUUUCGGUGUUAAACAUGUCGGUCUUGAAGAGCUUAAGGAAAGGGAGGUAAAAGAUCCUAUAUAGAUCAUAUACAGAAGAAAAGAGAAGUUUAAGAUGUUUUGCAGGUUCAGAGUGUCAAGGUAGUGGUUGAAAGUGUUUGGACUGUGGCCACAGCUCAGGUUCUUUAACCUUACUUAAUCUCUCCCCAUUUCUCUUAAGAUUACAUAUACACUAUCGAAAGCACUCACGUAUGUUAUUUUUUUAGAUUUCAAGUAAUCACCACCAGCAGUAAUCUGUGAUGACACUUGAUGUUAAGCCUUUGGGCUAAACAAAUUAGAAAAAUAUCAAAUCUUGUUUUGGAUGUAUAACUAAUUAUUACUGGGAUAGAACUAAGAAAGCUUAAAGAAUCAGCUUUGGAUUCAGUCUAUACCUAGACACCUAACCUGUACCCUCUACCCCCGGUGGGGAGGGCACAAGCUUUUCCAGUUAACAUGCUAUUUUCUUUGUUUUAAUUUUUUGUUGUUUUCUUGCUAGGGUUGACGGGGUGGGAGGAUUUGGUUUGGGGUUGGAAUACGUUUUUUCGUAGAUAGCAAAGCUGUAUAUCAUAGGAAAAUUGAAAAAAAUGACUCAAAGUGUUUUGACAGAGAAUUUUGCCCUCCUUAACCCAUUUGCUGAAUCUGUGGAACUCUGAAAAUCUAACCUCAGCGUUUUCCUCCUCUUAUUUCUCCUCUUCAGCAAUUUUGAGUUGGUGGGAUUCCACGCUGUACAUACAUAGUUUUCCAGUACACAGAAUAGUCUGACUACCCAUGUUAUAGAGUAAAACAAGAAGUUUCACCCCUGCAGAGUAUUGUAGGCAGGUUUAAGAGGCUGCAGGUCUGUGCUUUGGUUUCUUUUUGGGGUUGAAGUAUGAUACUACAAAAAUACCCAUCCAAUUUAUUUUUCUCCCACAAUCAACAAUACAGUGUUGUCUUAAUGACUCCCAGACUCAAGAAGACAUGUCCCUUAUGGAUUUAUCUGCAAAUUGUAACUAAUAAUGGAAUUAAUCUGUAAUUGUUUCUAAAAUAUUACUGAAUGUCCAUGAAGGAGCUUCAACACAGCUACUGAAUCAAUCAUAAGGAGUCUAAGUAAAUUUUAUAAAGUCAGAAUAAAGUACAGAUGUGUCUGGUAGCUGAAAGUUGCUCUCUCUCCCAUUUUUUUUUUAUUUUCUUUCUUUUUGUUGUACACUCGAUUUUCUCUUACCACAGGAAGGGAAAGGGACCCAGUGGACGGCUCUGGAGGUUGAGGAGAACUGAAGUCUUAAUGAACAUUCCAUUAUGUCUUAAUUAAAAAUAAAUUACUGUUUAUGAAAUCUAUGCAAUCAUGUAUCCAAUACCAACCAUGCUCAGUAAUAAAGGGCGAGGGUGAUUUGCAACUGAAAGUGUUGAAUUAAUUCCAGUGAGGAGAAAUUAAGGGUAGAUGGAGGGGGAUAAGGAUGAGCAUAGAGUUUUCAGAAGAUCUGAAUAGACUUGGACCAAAAGCCUGCUCUUAGCAUCUGCAAAGUUGAAUAAAAGCAGUUGAGAAUUCAGAUUUUUUUUCUUUUCUUUUUGUACUCUUUAAUAUCAAACCUUAUCUGCUGUACUGGAAAUUUACAAGCAAUGCUUUCUCAAAAUAAGUGAAUUUCACAUGAACACAUAAAGUUUCUUUAUGAAAUAUUA